AGGGGGAGGAGAGAGACUUCAGACUCAGCCAGUGUGUGUGUGUUGGUGUGUAGAUGUGAGCGCACGGCGAAGAAUUCCGCCGCAGGAGGACUUUCCUCUACGAGUUCAACUACUUAUUUGUGUGCGUGUGAGAAGAAGAGCACAGAGACGGAGAGGGACACAGCCGAAAAUGCGAGAAGAAAUCCAGGAAGAGAGCGUCUGCUUAUUAAAGAUUCAGCGCGGGAGAACAGACAUUAUCGCCCGUUCGGAUGACUUGUGGCAGCGCUGAGGAGAAAACUACAACGCUAACAGGCUCCAAGCAUUGCUGAAUGGGGUGAAAACGAAGCGGAAUUCACUCCAAAAAGAGCGAGUCCCAAAGCAUUUCCAAGCGGCCCAAAAAAAAAAAAACCUGAAGGGGAGGAGAGGGGGGCCAAAGAAAACGCCCUGCUGCCUGUUGCUGGUAUCUCCACAUUCAAACUUUAUCGGCGAGUUGGAAAAAUGCAUCUUUCACUCAACGGGAGGUGAUUAAUUCAAGUGUAACUCUCCUCCGUUAGCCGAACGACAACACGGCUAGCUAACCGAAGGGGACCCGCUCUCCGUAGCGACUUUCUUUGGGACUCGGGGAGCCUCUGCUUUCUUUGGGAAUAUUUUUUCUCUUCAUUGUGCACACUGCUACUCCUGUUGGAAGCGAGUUGGGUGGGCUGAGAGCCCCGAGGCUGCUCCAGCUAGGCCCACGGCCAUUAGCCAGGAACAAAGCGGUUUCACAUGUAAACUCACGCACAGUUUUUGGAAUAAAAAAAAAAAGAAGCUCUUCACGUUUCACUGAACUUUUUUUUUUGUUAACGACCGAGGCUGCAGCCAUGUCGCUCGGCGCGGAGAGGAGGAUGGAAGCCCGGCUGAAGAAGCUGGAGGGCAUGAUCAGAGAACCCCGGUCUGCCAUAAACCUGGAAAGUUUGCUGGACUCCAUCAACGCCCUGGUCUUGGACCUGGACUACCCCGCACUACGCAAGAACAAAAACAUCGAAACCUUCUUAAACAGAUAUGAGACAGUCAUUAGACAGACUCGAGACCUCCAGAUGAAGUCUGAAGACUUUGACAUAGUUAAAGUCAUCGGUCGAGGGGCCUUUGGUGAAGUGCAACUAGUCCGGCAUAAAGCCUCUCAGAAGGUCUACGCCAUGAAGGUGCUGAGCAAGUUUGAGAUGAUCAAGCGCUCGGACUCCGCUUUCUUCUGGGAAGAGAGGGACAUCAUGGCCUUCGCCAACAGCCCCUGGGUUGUGCAGUUGUGCUGUGCCUUCCAAGACGAGCACUACCUCUACAUGGUGAUGGAGUACAUGCCAGGAGGCGACCUGGUCAACCUCACCAGCACCUACGACGUGCCGGAGAAGUGGGCCAAGUUCUACACGGCGGAGGUGGUGAUGGCCCUGGACGCCAUCCACUCCAUGGGCUUCAUCCAUCGGGACGUGAAGCCCGACAACAUCCUGCUGGACAGACUCGGGCACCUCAAGCUGGCCGACUUCGGCACGUGCAUGAAGAUGAACUCGACGGGCAUGGUGCACUGUGACACGGCUGUCGGGACCCCAGACUACAUCUCUCCUGAGGUGCUGAAAUCCCAGGGAGGAGACGGGUACUACGGGAGAGAGUGUGACUGGUGGUCCGUAGGGGUCUUCAUCUUCGAGAUGCUUGUUGGUGACACGCCAUUCUAUGCCGACUCUCUGGUGGGAACCUACAGCAAGAUCAUGGACCACAAGAACUCCCUCAACUUCCCCGACGAUGUGGAGAUCUCCAAAGAUGCCAAAAACAUCAUCUGUGCCUUCCUGACCGACAAGGAGGUGCGAUUGGGCAGAAACGGCGUGGAGGAAAUCAAGCGGCACCCUUUCUUCAAGAAUGACCAGUGGACCUUCGACACCAUCAGAGACACGGUCGCUCCUGUGGUCCCAGAGCUGAGUAGUGACAUAGACACCAGUAAUUUCGACGAGAUCGAAGAUGACAAAGGCGAUGUGGAAACGUUCCCCAAACCUAAGGCCUUUGUCGGAAACCAGCUGCCCUUUGUUGGCUUCACUUACUUCAAAGAAGACCAGUUAUUAAACGCUCCCAACAACGUCUUGGUGGCACAAGACAAUUCGAAAGGAGAGAUGGCAGCACUGCAGAAGAAACUGCGUCUCCUGGAGGUGCAGCUGAAUAAUGAGAAGCAGGUCAAAGGCGACAUAGAGCACAAACACAGAGCUGCCACCAGCCGUCUGGACAAAAUCUCCAAAGAGCUUGAGGAAGAGGUGAGCAGCAGAAAGAAUCUGGAGUCGACUCUGAGGCAGCUGGAGAGAGAGAAAGCUCUGCUGCAGCACAAGAGCCUGGAGAGCCACCGCAAGGCCGAGAGCGAGGCCGACAGGAAGCGCUGCCUCGAGAACGAAGUCAACAGCCUUCGAGACCAGCUGGAUGACAUGAAGAAGAGAAACCAGAAUUCACACAUUUCCAACGAGAAGAACAUUCACCUGCAGAAACAGCUGGAAGAAGCCAACACGUUGCUGCGGGCCGAGUCGGAGGCGGCGACGAGGCUCCGUAAAACCCAGACGGACAGCAGCAAGCAGCUGCAGCAGCUGGAGGCCAACGUGCGCGAGCUGCAGGACAAAAGCUGCCUGCUGGAGCGCAGCAAGCUGAGCCUGGAGAAGGAAUGCAUCAGCCUGCAGGCCGCGCUGGAGGCGGAGAGGAGGGAGCACAGCCAGGGCUCCGAGACCAUCAGCGACCUGAUGGGACGCAUCUCCGGCCUGGAGGAGGAGGCCCGUCAGCAGAGACAAACUCUGUGCAAGACCGAGACCGAGAAGAGACAGCUUCAGGAGAAACACACCGAUCUGGAGAAGGAGAAGAGCAACAAGGAGAUUGAUUUGACCUACAAGCUGAAGGUGCUGCAGCAGGAGCUGGAGCAGGAGGAGGCCUCUCACAAGGCCACCAGGGCACUGCUGGCAGACAAGAGCAAGAUUAAAGUAACCAUCGAGGGUGCCAAGUCAGAGUCCAUGAAGGAGAUGGAUCAGAAGCUGGCGGAGGAGCGGGCGGCCAAACUCAGGCUGGAGAACCGAAUCCUGGAUCUGGAGAAGCACAGCAGCAUGAUGGACUGCGACUAUAAACAGGCUCUGCAGAAACUCGAUGAGCUGCGCAGACACAAGGACCGACUAACCGAGGAGGUGAAGAACCUGACGCUGAAGAUCGAGCAGGAGACCCAGAAGCGCAACCUGACCCAGAACGACCUGAAAGCCCAGAACCAGCAGCUCAAUUCGCUGCGAACCUCCGAGAAGCAGCUCAAGCAGGAAGCGAAUCACCUGCUCGACAUCAAACGCAGCCUGGAGAAACAGAACCAAGAGCUGCGCAAAGAACGACAGGACACAGACGGGCAAAUGAAGGAGCUGCAGGACCAGUUAGAAGCCGAACAGUAUUUCUCUACGCUGUACAAGACCCAGGUCCGUGAACUAAAGGAGGAGUGUGAGGAGAGGAACAAGCUGUACAAAGACGCACAGCAGUCUCUGCAGGAGCUACAGGAGGAGAGGGAUUCGCUGGCGGCUCAGCUCGAGAUCACACUGACGAAGGCCGACUCGGAGCAGCUGGCGCGCUCCAUCGCCGAGGAGCAGUACUCGGACCUGGAGAAGGAGAAGAUAAUGAAGGAGCUGGAGCUGAAGGAGAUGAUGGCCCGACACCGCCAGGAGCUGUCUGAUAAGGACAUCACCAUCGGUUCGCUGGAGGAAGCCAAUAGGACCCUGACCAGUGAUGUCGCCAACCUAGCCAAUGAGAAGGAGGAGCUGAACAACAAACUGAAGGAGGCAAUAGAAGAAUCAGAAAAGUCAAAGGAUUGGGAGCAGCAGAUCAUCCAGAUGAAGCAGGCCUUUGAGAAGCAGCUGCAGUCAGAGAGGACGCUGAAAACUCAGGCCGUCAACAAGCUGGCUGAGAUCAUGAACAGGAAGGAGCUCCGAGGCGUAGGCAGUCGCCGCGGUAACGACACUGACAUGCGGCGGAAGGAGAAGGAGAACAGGAAGCUGCAGUUGGAGCUGAGGUCGGAGAAGGAGAAGCUCAACAGCAGCAUCAUCAAAUACCAGAGGGAGAUCAACGAGAUGCAGGCGCAACUGUCUGAUGAGAGCCAGAUGCGUAUUGAGCUGCAGAUGGCCCUGGACAGCAAGGACAGCGACAUCGAGCAGCUGAGGAACCUCCUGCAGACGCUCAGUGUUCAAUCCAUGGAUUCUGCCAGCGUCAGCAGCGGGCCGGAGUUCGAUACCGAUGACGCGUACACAGAAAUGAGACUGGAGGGCUGGCUCUCUCUCCCUGUAAGAAACAACACCAAGAAGUUUGGAUGGGAGAAAAAGGUAUAG